AUGAGUGACAAUCAACCGACGGCAGGGAAUAACUCGGAGGACACAAUAGUAUGCUAUGCACCAACCAUGAUAACGACCAAUGGCGUGUGGCAAGGUGAUAAUCCAUUGGAUUACUCCCUCCCUCUUUUUAUCUUGCAAUUAACAUUGGUGGUUGUCACCACUCGAUUUCUUGUUUUCAUCCUCAAACCUUUCCGCCAACCUCGUGUUAUCUCUGAGAUUAUGGGUGGUGUGAUAUUGGGUCCAUCAGUACUUGGACGUAGUGAAGUAUUUGCAAGUACAAUAUUCCCUUUAAGAAGUGUGAUGGUGCUGGAAACAAUGGCAAAUGUGGGUCUUCUUUACUUUCUAUUCCUUGUUGGAGUCGAGAUGGACAUUUCAGUAAUCAAAAGAACGGGGAAAAAGGCUUUGGCCAUAGCUAUUGCUGGUAUGAUAUUGCCCUUCUUCACUGGAUUGGCCUUCUCUUUCCUUAUGCGUAAGGAGUCAACACACACUAUGAAUCAAGGCACUUUUGUCCUCUUCUUAGGCGUUGCCCUCUCAGUCACUGCUUUUCCUGUGCUUGCAAGGGUCCUCGCUGAGCUCAAACUCAUAAACACAGAGCUUGGUAGGAUUGCCAUGUCUUCAGCUCUUAUUAAUGACAUUUGUGCUUGGAUUUUGCUAUGUUUUGCCAUUGCCCUGGCAGAAAAUGACAGUGCAUCUUUGGCUUCCCUGUGGGUGAUACUUUCAAGUGCAGCAUUCGUGGUCUUUUGUGUAUUUGUUGUUAGACCAGCGAUUUCAUGGAUUAUUCGAAGGACCCCCGAAGGAGAAACCUUUAGUGAGUUUUAUAUAUGUCUUAUUCUCACUGGAGUAAUGAUUUCAGGUUUUAUAACGGAUGCCAUUGGGACACAUUCUGUUUUUGGGGCUUUUGUAUUUGGCUUGGUUAUCCCUAAUGGACCUCUUGGAGUUAUUCUUAUAGAAAAGCUAGAGGACUUUGUAUCGGGGCUUUUACUUCCACUUUUCUUUGCUAUGAGCGGGCUCAAGACUAAUGUAGGGGCUAUUCAAGGGGCUACCACUUGGGGACUUUUAGCUCUUGUCAUAUUUCUUGGGACUGCUGGCAAAAUUGCUGGUACUAUUUUUGUCACUAUGUUUUACCAAAUGCCUAUACGUGAAGGCCUUACCCUUGGCUUGCUUAUGAACACCAAAGGCCUUAUUGAAAUGAUUAUUCUCAAUGUUGGCAAGGAUCAAAGGGUCUUAGAUGAUGAGUCUUUUGCAAUUAUGGUGAUUGUAGCUGUGAUCGUGACAGGACUUGUAACACCUAUUGUUACUGCAAUAUAUAGGCCUGCAAGAAAAUUUAUACCAUACAAAAGACGAACAAUUCAAAGAUCAAAACCAGAUGUAGAAUUAAGGAUAUUGGUGUGCGUACACACUCCUCGAAAUGUUCCAACAAUCAUUAACCUCUUAGAAGCUUCACACCCAACCAAAAGGUCACCGAUGUGUGUUUAUGUGCUCCACCUAGUUGAACUCACUGGUCGUGCAUCUGCAAUGCUUAUAGUUCAUAACAGUCGAAAAUCUGGUCGACCAGCCCUCAAUAGAACCCAAGCCCAAUCUGAUCACAUCAUUAAUGCCUUUGAAAAUUAUGAACAGCAUGCAGUUUGUGUUUCAGUUCAACCUUUAACAGCUAUAUCUCCUUACUCUACCAUGCACGAAGACAUUUGUAACUUGGCAGAGGACAAAAGGGUUGCCUUUAUAAUAAUUCCUUUCCAUAAACAACAAACAGUGGACGGUGGGAUGGAAGCCACGAACCCAGCAUUUCGAAUGGUUAACCAAAAUGUAUUAGCAAACUCACCUUGCUCAGUUGGGAUUCUUGUAGAUAGAGGGCUCAGUGGCUCUACUCGCUUAGCCACAAACCAACUUUCUCACCAUAUAGCUGUGCUUUUCUUUGGAGGACCUGAUGAUAGAGAAGCAUUAUCAUAUGCGUGGAGGAUGUCUGCACAUCCCGGGAUAAGCUUAACAGUUAUGCGAUUCAUUGCAGGCGAGGAUGCAGCACAACCAGCAAGGCAAUGUAGUGGAGAUACAAAUGACCCUAGGAUACUAACAGUGGAAACACAAGAUCAAAGGGAGAAGCAAAUUGAUGAAGAGUAUAUAAAUGAAUUUAGAAUGUACAACGCUAAUGAAGAGUCUGUAUUUUAUACUGAAAGGGUUGUGAAUAAUGGAGAGGAAACAGUAGCUGCAAUAAGGGCAAUGGACAUUAAUGCUCAUGAUUUAUUUGUAGUAGGAAGAGGACAAGGAAUGAUAUCACCACUCACAGCUGGGCUUACAGAUUGGAGCGAGUGUCCGGAGCUUGGAGCAAUUGGAGAUUUGCUUGCAUCUUCAGAUUUCGCAGCAACAGUUUCAGUGUUGGUUGUGCAACAAUAUGUUGGUACAGGGUUACAAGUAGAGGCAAAUGUUACACCUGAUGGCCUUGGUCAACCAGAUGAUCAAUAUAGUGGUCUACAAUUAAUGAAUAAGAGGCCAACACCAACAAGGUAACACUUGAUAUGAGAGCAAAAUUAACUAUAUCAAUGCCUCAAUUGCUUAUUCCAACAAAAAAAAAAUAAAGGAAAAAAUUGGAUUUCUUGAUAUUAUUCCCCCUCUCUCUCUUUUUUAAAUAUGUAAUUUAGCUUUGGA